AUGAUGUCGGUGCAGUUACAAAAACAGGCCAACGCGGCCGCAGCGGCCGCCGCUAGCCGAGGCGAUGGCGUCGCAAUUCCGGCGGCUAGCCCGACCCAAGUUACCGAUGCGAUCACCCAAGUUGCGGAGUCGCCGGCUUUACAAAACCGAGCCGGUGAUAGCGAAAGCCCGUACAUUCAGGCUCACCAAGAUACGCCUGUGGCAUGGCAGCUGUUGGACAAAGAUGCGGUAGCAUUGGCAAAAUCGCAGAACAAGCUCAUCUUCAUGAACAUUGGGUUCAAGGCCUGUCAUUACUGCCGACUCACAACCCAAGAAUCUUUUCGCAAUAAAAAUGUCGCAGCUCUGCUCAAUUCGUCCUUCAUACCAAUAAUUGUGGACCGCGAAGAAAGACCCGACAUCGACAGCAUAUACAUGAACUAUAUCCAAGCCGUCAACAGCGCGGGCGGCUGGCCAUUGAAUGUUUUCCUGACUCCCGAGCUUGAGCCGGUUUUCGGAGGGACGUACUGGCCUGGACCCGGACGUAGCACCUCGUCCGCAGUAGAGGAUGGAGAAGAGCCUCUAGACUUUCUCGGUAUUCUCAAGAAACUGCAGAAGGUAUGGACAGAACAGGAGGCCAAAUGUCGGAAGGAAGCGCAAGAUAUAGUGCUGCAGCUGCGUGAGUUUGCAGCCGAGGGAACCAUGGGCGUGGGCAGCACGGAGAAGGCCCUUUCAGGAGCAGCCACCGGCACGACGGUUAAUGUAUCCACGGGGGUCCCGGCGUCUACCCUGUCGGCUGAAACCCCCACAAAACCGGCCACUUCAUCUCCUCUAGCAACGGAUCUCGAUGUCGAUCUUGACCAGCUGGAAGAAGCCUAUGCCAACAUAUCCAGGACCUUUGACCGCGUCAGUGGUGGCUUCAACUUAUCGCCCAAGUUCCCUACGCCGCCAAAACUGUCUUUCCUUCUGCGUUUGGCUCACCUACCCCCUGAGGUGGGUGAUAUCGUUGGUGGUCCGGAAGAAGUUGAGAAGGCUACGCACAUGGCACUUGCUACAUUACGCGCAUUGCGGGAUGGAGGCUUGAGAGACCACAUUGGUGCUGGUUUCCACCGAUAUAGUGUCACAGCGGACUGGUCUGUUCCGCACUUUGAAAAGAUGAUCGCGGAUAAUGCACUGCUUCUUGGCGUGUAUUUGGACGCCUGGCUAGGACAGGCAGCCAAGGAGGGAAGAACUCCGACGCUGGACGACGAGUUUGCCGACGUCGUACUCGAGCUGGGCGACUACCUGGGCAACACCGGCUCUGAGAUUGGGUCGAGUUCAAUACGCCAGGGCUCUCUACUGGCCACGAGUGAGGCAUCAGACUCUUAUCAAAGGAAGAGUGAUAAGCAUAUGCGCGAAGGAGCGUUUUACCUCUGGACUAGGAGAGAAUUCGAUGCCACUGUCAGCAGCACAGAAGAAGGUGAUUUGACUAAUGGGAAGCACGACGGUGAAUUGUACGCGCGUGUGGCAGCUGCAUACUGGAACGUCAAGGAACACGGCAAUAUCCCCGAGGAGCAAGACCCUAACGACGAGUUUAUCAACCAAAACGUCCUGCGCGUAGUCAAGACGCCUGCAGAGCUCAACACAUCAUUCGGUAUCGCUGUCGACGAAGUCAACCAAAUUCUAGCCCAGGCGAAGAAAAAGCUCAGGGCCCGGAGAGAUAUCGAACGUGUGCGUCCAGACGUGGACGAGAAGCAGGUCGUUGCAUACAACGCAAUGGCCAUCUCAGCUCUGGCUAGGGCUGGUGCUGUACUCCGGUCAACUGGUCUGGACAAGACUCGGGGAGGCACAUGGAUAAAGAGUGCCGAGCAAGCGGCAAGAGACAUAAAAGCCAAACUGUUUGAUCAAGAGACAGGAAAACUCAGCAGGCAUUGGUUUAGGAACCAAAAGAGCUCAACGGAUGCACUUGCUGAAGACUACGCGUUCCUUAUUGAGGCAUUGCUGGACCUGUACGAGGCGACUGGGGAUGAGAGUGCUCAUUUGGACUGGGCACAGCAGCUCCAAGACAAACAAAUCGGAUUGUUCUACGACCAUGUGGCGGCUCCGUCUGGUCAAAGUAUUGACUCUGAGGCGGCAAAGACUCGAUCUGGUUCAGGCGGAUUCUAUUCGACGGUCGAGGGCGCACCAAAUGUCAUUCUGAGGCUGAAGGAUGGCAUGGACACUUCGCAGCCAUCAACAAAUGCCGUCUCGGCUUCGAAUCUCUUCCGGCUGGCCCUGAUUCUCAAUAAUUUGGAAAGCAGCACCAAUGGAACGAAGACUGCAAGGCAGUACGACUACGAUACCCUGGCACGAGAAACCAUCAAAGCCUUCGAGGUGGAGAUGCUGCAAUAUCCAUUCCUGUUCACCGGGCUGCUGAUCUCGGUCGUGAGCGCGCGGCUAGGAGGCCAGGCGACCUUUGCCGACGUCGGACAAGGCCUUGGAGUUGAAGAUGCCUCGAACAUCAUAGCGCGAGAAUUUGCCUGCAAGCCCAGAGGUGGGCUUCGGGCCCUUUGCAUCAAGAGAAAGGAUGCCGUUUCUGAGGGAGUCAACGUUGGAGUGUCUGGGAUUAUUGGUGGUGUUGAGCAGCUGAAGACGGGUGAGCACUGA